AUGGGGAAAGGUGACGCUGGUCGCUGCAUUUUCCCCCUCACCAGUUUGCAAAUUGGAGACUUGCAGUCUUACCUUUCGGAUCUUAGCCUUUUCCUGGCCCCUGAAAGCAAGAAAUUCUAUAUCUUGGUUGACAAUCGGCCAUGGCUAGGCUCACGGUCAGCACACUUGUGGCAAUUGAUGGUUACCAAGGUCACUCACUAG